AUGACGACCCGUGAUAAGUCUGUAAUUUUACUCUUCGUUAUUUCAAGGUUGCUGUCAGUUGGGAGUGUAGCUAAUGAUGAAAAAGUAGAAAAUGUUGACAAACUAACUCCAGACGAAACCGGGCUUGAAGUCAAAUGCGGAGAAGUCAACAUGGUAUUAAUCGUUAAAUGGCUUCUUUUUGACCAGAUGCGUAUUCCGUUUCAGCCUGAGUAUCUUCGUCUUGGAUUAAACACAACGAAACAGAGAUCAUGUGAACCGACGGCACCAAUGUCAGGCACUGAAAUGAUCAUAUCGGCUGGACUACAGGAAUGUGGGACACAGUCCAGUGUAAGAGAUGUGGGAAAGAUGUUUGAGAACUUGGAGAAAAAGUUUGAAUAUUCGUAAAGCUCUCAUUACACUUCUAUUCGACAGAGGAAAUAACAUUUAACCUGUUGUAUUAAUGACAAAAAACUCAUGCAGUGUGUUUUCUUGGACUACACUGCAUUAUGUAGACUACAGCACCUGAACCCCCAGUCCUGCUGCUCAUUUUCAAAACAACUUCAUGUCUGACGGCUUUGUUCUAACUCUACCUGGUUUACAGCUCAGAAAAGUACGAACUAACCCCACUGUGGCGUUUUGAAGAAACUGUAACUUCAGCCUCUGUCUGAUACGCCUCAUGUCAGCGACUAAUUUUUUAUAGCCCUUCUUCAAGCCUUCCCCACUGCUCCAAAGUAGUAUUUUUCUGUUUGAAGUGGCAAGGGUAAAAAUUUGGUCCAAAUGUGACCCACAAAAUUUGAAAGAGAGACAAAAAGCCCCAGAAACAAAGAGGAGAUAAACACUUUGCUGUUUGAGAAGUAUUACAUUCAUUUUAUCUUUUAAGAAGAUUCACCUGUUGACUGUGUUGUGACUUUUUGAACUGAGAUUACUACAAAUGAACACCUUACAAAACUCUGCCCAUCUUUAGUAUUGAAAUAGAAGAUUGUAACUUCAUUUUGAUUUGUAGAAUUUAAAAAAAGCACAAUACUACCUCUUUAAACCUAGAUGUGUGCUGUUAACAGACUGUCAGUGUCACAAUAACAUUCAUGCAUACAAAACUGUCAUAUGGCUACAAUGGUGUUUUUUUUAGUGACUGUUCUUUUUUACUCCUCUAUUGCUUCUUUCCAGGUCUCUGACGAGUGGCUCAUCUUUUCCAACCAGCUUCUGCUAUUUCCCUCUGUGGUUCCUACCUCUUCUGGAAGUGUGAUAGUUAGAGGGUCAACAACUGUCAUACCUGUGGAGUGCCAUUAUAAAAGGUGAGGCAGUCAUAAUAAGUGCUCAUGUAGGUACCUUGAAAGUAUCCUGCAGCCUUUAUCAUUUUUGAGUUUGAUUUUUUGUAUGUUAACUUUAUUAGGCUCCUAUAAAUGUACGUGAUAAAACAUAUUUUAUAUAAACAAAGUCAUCAGCCACAGUCAGUUUUCAAUAACACUAAGUAAUUUGUGCAAUCUGUACCCUAUGUUUGUGUCUGCCCAGAAAGCAGACAGUGAAUGGAGAGCCAAUAACUCCAACCUGGCUACCCAUGACGUCCACUAUCAGUGCCUUUGGCCUCCUGCACUUCUCCCUUCAUACCAUGGAAGGUGAGCUUUCUGUCAACAUUGAAGAAUUUAUCUGAAACAACAAUGUUUUCAUGUAUUUUUCUGUCUGCAAUAGUAUUGAAAGGGUGCUUGUCGUUCUUCAGAUGACUGUUCCUUUCUGCGUAGUUCCUCAGUGUAUCAGCAGGGGGAAGCAGUGUUUUUGGAGGCUAGUAUUGAGGCCCCCUUUCAUCCUUCACUUACUCUUUAUGUGGACCACUGUGUUGCCACGCUGAAGCCUGACCCUAAAUCUUCACCAAGCUAUAAAUUUAUCACACAGCAUGGGUAAAUCUUUUCUUCAGGAUAAAAAACAUCUUAGUAAAUGAAUGAAUUUAAAAAGUGUGUUUUUGCGACAUUGAGUUUAUCAAAUGACACAUGGGUUACGUAUGACUGGAUCAUUACAGUUUGGUACAGGUGUCACUUAACUUUUACUUGAUAGGGUUAAAUGCUUUGUUUCAGCUCAGUGCCAAUAAUGGAACUGUGUGUCUCUUGCAGGUGUCUUAUAGAUGGUAUAUUGCCAGGUUCUUCAUCCAAAUUCCUUCCCAGGAAGAAAAAAAACAGACUUUGCUUCAGUGUCCAAGCCUUCCGAUUCACCAGGGAUUCUGGAGAGCAGGUAACAGGACUGUAGGUGACGGCUGCUGAUAUAUUCAUAUUUUUCAUAAAAAGACAUUGUCACUGUUAUUGCUAAUCCAUCUCAAUGCUCAGUUGCAGUUGUCACAUGAAUGUCUUUGUAUCUAUUACCACAAAAUGUACUGUGUGAGAUUCAAUAUAAUUAAUUUGUUGAUAGUGUUUUGACACUGUUAAAUUGGCUCUUGUAUUUAUUAACUUUAUUAAUUUGAGUUUUUUCUUUUUAGAUGUUCAUCACUUGCCACCUUCGGGUCACCCUGAAACAGAACUCUCACAGCCAUCUUGAUAAGUCUUGCUUCUUUCAUAGGCCCACAUUCAGGUACAGAUGCCAAAUUGCUGUCUACCCCAGUUCAUCAUGACAAGGUUUUAAAGCUGGAAUUUAAACUUCCUACCUCCAGCAUUGUCUAAAGUAAAAUGUAUUUAUAAGCUUGGCCAUUUAUAAUGAAGGUCAUUAUCAGAUUUUGUUUCUGUCUUUCAGAUGGCAUUCGGCAGAUGCAGAUGAUGCCUUGUGUGGCUCUUGUCGCUCUGAUGACGACAGUGGAAUCCCUGGACAAAGACUAGAUACAGGUUCCUAAACCCUUGCAAAAAAUGCCAUGCGCUAAUUUUUGUGUUAAUUUUACCAUUUGUUUUAAAAUUGAAUAAGAUCGUAUCAACAGCAAUGUGUGUAUUUUAUUUAUAUCUGUCACUAAGCCACAGUCACUAAGCUAAUAGAGCUGCGCCUUAAUUGUAUCUGUUUAAUACCAGCUGAUAUCAGCACUAUUGACUUAGGCCAGUCAUCAGCAAAUUAUGUGCUCUGAACUUACUACUAUUACAGUAGUAUCCAAUGUUUGUUGUGUUGCAUCAUUUAAAUGUCGGUGUGCUGGUAUACCAAACCACUAAUUCUGAGCAGAGACUUUUUGUUUUGACCAAAACACACACUGGCAUAACGGAGCAGGACCCCAGAUGCUUUGCCCACGUGUGUCAUCUGUUAUCAUGGUCAAACAUGGAAGAAAGCAGUGUGGAAGUAGUGCACCGUCUCUCAUAAAGUUUAGCAAACAGCGCUUUGAAUGUUACAAUGACUUUUGAAGAGGGGAGACUACUAGCUACUAUUUUGAUACAUCUGAUCACUCGGCUCAUUUGAAAGUCAGAUUCCAAGAAUUACUAACAGAUAAAGAAAAAACAACAACUCUGCUAUCAGAAGUGGAGAUCAGCAGUUUUACACAUCAAUAACAGAACUGACCCUGAUAGUCAUGGUUUUUGCAUCCUUUUAAGGCAGUUUGUGUUGUCUUUAACAGAAAAGAGACAUGAGGCAGACUCUACAGUUGGGCCCCUCAUCACAUUGCCAGGCUCUCAUUGGCCAGGACAUCUGUCAGUCAAUCCCUAA